CGUUCCAGCGAUUCGCUUUUCUGUGUUUAUUUUCUCUCUCCUUUUCUUCCUUUUUCCUCUCUCUUUUUUUUCUUGGGUUCGAUUCUUCCGAAUUUUUUCCGUCAAGAAAUUCCCAAAGAGUCAAAGCUUACAUACCCGGGUGGUGAUCUUCGAAAUUGGUGUCUGAAGACGAUGGGUAAUCUCUUCUGUUGCGUCCAAGUCGACCAGUCGACAGUAGCAAUCAAGGAAAGGUUCGGUAGAUUCGAAGACGUUCUUGAACCUGGCUGCCAUUUUCUUCCAUGGUGCUUUGGUAGUCAAGUUGCUGGUUACCUCUCUCUGAGGCUCCAGCAACUCGAUGUCCGCUGCGAAACCAAGACAAAGGACAAUGUGUUUGUUAAUGUUGUUGCUUCAAUUCAAUACCGUGCCCUGGCUGAUAAGGCAAACGAUGCUUUCUACAAACUCAGCAACACAAGGAGCCAAAUUCAGGCCUAUGUUUUCGACGUCAUCAGAGCAAGUGUCCCUAAGCUGAAUCUAGAUGAUGUUUUUGAGCAGAAGAAUGAAAUUGCAAGAUCUGUUGAAGAAGAACUCGAGAAGGCUAUGUCUGCUUACGGUUUCGAGAUCGUUCAAACACUCAUUGUCGAUAUCGAGCCGGAUGAACAUGUCAAACGGGCCAUGAAUGAAAUAAAUGCUGCUGCAAGAUUGAGGGUGGCAGCAAAUGAGAAGGCAGAGGCCGAGAAAAUCCUGCAGAUAAAACGAGCAGAAGGGGAAGCAGAAUCGAAAUACCUCUCGGGUUUAGGUAUCGCAAGGCAGAGGCAGGCGAUUGUGGAUGGUUUAAGGGACAGCGUGCUGGGUUUCGCUGUGAACGUUCCUGGGACAACAGCCAAGGAUGUGAUGGACAUGGUGCUUGUGACUCAGUACUUUGACACCAUGAAAGAGAUCGGGGCAAGCUCCAAAUCAUCGGCUGUGUUCUUGCCUCACGGGCCAGGUGCAGUUCGGGACGUGGCCGCUCAGAUCAGGGAAGGGCUUCUUCAAGCAUCUUCUCUGAACCAGUGACCCGAGAGAUGCUUCUGCAAUGGUCUCUGAUUCUAUGGUUCCUGUGUGGUUAUAUCUCAUCAAUGCAAGUGCUGGUAAUAACGGCCAUUAACGUAUUUAGACUUUUGUGGUGUGUAAAGGUGCAAGUAACUAAGUCAAGUUCCGAACCAAUGCCACUUCUGCUGUAUUAUAUGAAACAGAGCAGUGUCAACUCGCUCUGUUCUUGAUUUUAUUUGAUAUUUGUUUCAUUCAAAGUUUGAAACUUUUAUUU